AUGUCUCCUCAACCCACAUCUCACCUUCCAUCCAUCGAUCCCUCCGCCCCAGGAACCAUAAUCCGCACCGCCCUCCUCUUCGAAUCCGUAACCACCAUCGGAGCAGGCCUCUACUUCCUCCUUCUCCCCCACCGCUACCUCCUCACCACCAUGGGCGCCUCCACCACUCAAACCACCACCACCGCGGUCCAAAUGACGCAGCAAUUCGGCGCUGCGAACAUUCUCGUUGGCACCGUCGUCGGCCUGUUUGUGUCCAACUCUAGGAAAUCGAUCGAGGCGCGCCAGACGUUGUAUGUCGUCUUGCUGGUCUUUGAACUUUGUUACGUGCCGCUGUUAUUGUGGCAGGCGUUGAUGGAUGGGGGGAUGCCGAGGAAGGCGUUUUUGGAUGCGGUGAAGAUGUUUGUGGUUUUUGUUGCGUGGAGGGGUUUUACGAUUGGGUGGAAACCGGAGUGGUUUGGGAGGUGUGUGGAGGGGAGGAAGAGGGAGUAG